CUCCUGCGGACCCAUCCUUCCCUCCGCCGCGGCUGCCGCUCUCCCGCCGCCGCCAGUGCCGCGGCUCGGCUCGGCUCGGCUCCGGGCGGUUCGGCCCGGACACGCUCGGUCAGGACACGCCCGGCUCGGACACGCUUGGCCGGGACGCGCCCGGCCCGGACACGCUCGGUCCGGACACGCUCGGCCCGGACAGGCUCGGCUCGCCGAGUCAUGGUGCAGCUCGGGAGCGGCCGCCGAGCUCCUCCGGCCCCGGCCGCGCCGCCGGCCUUCAGCAUCGACAGCAUCCUGCAGGCCGGCCCCCGUCGCCCGGCCAGGGAGCAGGGCAGAGCCCGCUGCGCGCUGCCCGAGGAAGAGGAGGAGGAGGAAGAGGAGGGAGAGGGGCCGGAGGAGCAAGACCCCAGUAAAGGCUCCAGCGACUCGGGCGGCGAGCCCCGCCGGCUCCGGGCAGAAGGGACGAGCCGCGGCCUCCGUCCCGAGGGCGGCGAUGCGGGGUCCCCGCUCCCCACGGAGGGGCUACGCGGUCCCCGGCAGCCGCCGCCGCGAGAGGCCGGGGGCUCCGGCGCGGAGAACGGCAGAUCGUCGGCGGCGGGCGGCAGGAAGAAGACACGGACCAUCUUCUCCAAGAGCCAGGUGUUCCAGCUGGAGUCCACCUUCGAUGUGAAGCGCUACCUGAGCAGCUCCGAGCGGGCCGGGCUGGCCGCCGCGCUGCACCUCACCGAGACCCAGGUGAAGAUCUGGUUCCAGAACCGCCGCAACAAGCUCAAGAGACAAAUGUCAUCCGAGCCCGAGGGCCAGGGGCCGGGGCCGGCCGAGCCCCCCGGGGAGCCGCAGCCCCCCACUGCCGCCUCGGCUCUCUCCUUCCCGGCCCUCUACAAGGACAGCCCCCUGCUCAGUCGCUGCUUGCUGCCGCUGCCUUUCCCCCUGCUCUGCCCGGGCAGCGCCAUCCCCUACCUCUGCCUCCCCGUGGCGGGCAAACACUUCAGCCUGGUGGACGGGGACGUAUAGCCCUGGCCUCAGACCUUCCCUUGCCGGGGGCGCCCCGGUUUUAUUUAUGACCCCGCUGUGCAGGUGGAGUGUCCGUCUUCGCCACAGCCACCACCUGGCCCACGGAGGGGCCACCCGGGCUCCCCCCACACGUGUCCGUGGGCUGCCGACACGUUGCUAAAGCUCGGAAGGGCGCUGCCAAGCCGCUCUCCCUCUUGCAGCGCUUUUAUCGGUGGUCAGGACGGAGGAGGUAACACGGAGCCACCAAAGAAACGGGGACGUGCUCUGCCCGCCGCCCUUCCAAAUUAUCCCGUUCCGGUAUUGCAGGAGGGCCGAUGCUCUGCCUCAGUCCGUGGGGACCGUGUCCCCGUGUCUGUCCCCAGCACCGUGGCGGUCGCUUUACCGUGAACCGAGUCACGUUUCAUACAGAUUGGUAAUGGCGAAGGCCACUCUGUGCUUCUCUAUCUCCCAAACUCUCCUCCUCUAACAUCCCUCCGAAUAGCUUCUUCCCAUCUUUUACAUUUUUAAAAUGUAGACACCUUUCCUCAGAUCUGGUUCUUAAACGGUGACUUUCCUGCUUUUUUCCCCUUCGGAAGAAACACCCCUAGAUCUCCCUGACAUGUUUUGUGCUAACUGGUUCUCAGACUGGGGGUCGUGUGAUGUUUUUACAGAACAAGACAAAUUGUCUCUUGUGCUAAUCCCGUCCCCCGAAACCUCAUGGGAUGGUUUUACCUGCUAUCCUCGGGUAGAGAAGUGAGGUUUUAAUAUUUUUUUUAUAUCUAUCUACAUAUAAAUUUGCAAACGCUUUUGUCGUCCUUUGGUUUCUAAGUUUACAUGCUUUAUAUCCCAAGGGUGGAAAUAAACCUUUUCAGAAAGUUGAAACUCCUGCUUUUUCAGUAGGCAUUGCUUGGUAGUAUCGAAGGAAAGAUAUUUCCUAGAGUGCAUCGAUGGUUUUUAUUUUACAAAUAAAGAGCACAAUUUAAAAAUAAAACCCCAAUCGUGACAUUACGAAAUUCACCCUUGCAUGCGCGAAUGGCAUCUCAUCGAUUUUCCCAGUGGGGAAAAAAGCACGAUAGUUGUUUCACCUAGAUAAGAAGGGGUUUUCUUUCCUUUUCUCACUCUUCCGUUUCUCUUUCCGUGGGCAAUGGAUGCAGAUGCACAAGGAGCAGCCAGCGAGGGGGACCCCGGCGCAGGCGAAUCCCCGCGGCUCGGGGCGGCUGCCGGGGCUCGCUCCCAGCCGGGGAGGUGCCGCAGCCGGAGCCGAGCUUGGCUCCAGCCGAGCUCGGGGAAACGCUUUCCUCUGCUGUCUGAAGUCUUCUGGCCGCUGCCGUGAUCCAGGAGUGUUGUUUGACCUCUCCUCUCGCUUUUUAAUCCGUUUUGAAUCAGUGUCAAGUAGCAAGAGGUGUCUCACAGGAUCCCCUUGCUCUGGAAAAAAAAAAAAAAAGGUCGAGGCUGUGGUGAGGGUGGUGUCAGCAAGUGGAGAGGCUUAAGGGGACCUGCCGGGGGCACUUCAUAGCUCAGGUUUCCCCAAACUGCCGCUCCCGGGAAGGUGCAGGCGACAAACUGACGGUCUGGACCGCAGGACUCACGCUUCUUUUCUCGUCUGAAUUUAUAAUGAUAGUCCAAGAAAUUAAAAUCCUCUUAGUCGGCGAGUUGCUCCGUGGCUAGAAAACACAUUUCUCAGAGUGAUGAUCCAUGGUUCCUGUUUGUCUAUAUCUGAUAACUGGUGACCUGUUUCGGAACCUUCCUUUGGUUGUUUGUUCUAAUGUUUUCCAUGUCUAUACCCCAUUACUUGACUAGUGUUACCAGAUUAAUUAAUACCAAUAGAAGCAAAUCUACCUUUUUCUAAAUUCCUACCAACGGAAGUUUAAUCAGAUGCAACAGCUAUACACUAGGGUCCCUUCCUUUAGUUCUUUAACAUGGAACUAAACUUUCCAUAAAAGAGAUUUUAUUUAAAGACACUGUCUUUCCAUAUGACUGCAGUCUCCUACGUCUCCGUGGUGAAAAAUAACCAUAUAAGAAAUCGUUACUCUGCAAUUAAUCUACUUUUCACUACAUUUAUCGAACCAUUUCAGUCCCUGCUUAAUAAUUUUUCCUUUCAAAUCGUUGCUGGAGUUACAGAAGCAAAAUGAAGGAAAAUACGAACCCACUUAAACGGGGGGAGGUUUGUUUUUUUUCAACAGAAACAGGGGGAAGAGUAGUUCUGCAGGGAAGAGGAGUCAGCCCGCGGUCAGGUUUCACAACUUGUUGCGGACGAACUCGAGCUUUAGGAAUUAACGAACAACGAACGCCCGAAACAGCCGUGUAGCCAGGCGAAGGAAAUAACUACCCCAAAACAGUCGUUUCCCACCAAGGUAAAAGUGACAGUACUGGCCAGAAGUAUUAUCCAAACUGUUGCUACUCAGGGUAACACGGCCAGGGGCAAGGGGGCUUUCUCUAAGAAAACCAAGUUCAGGAGGCAUCAGGAUUCCCAGCCGAGCAGUCAGUGCUGAUCACACUGGGUAUUACUGACAUUUCUUGUACAGCUCGAAACAACUGUGCUUGAAAUUAUUAAUUGCUCCUUACUACAACAGGAGAUUGCUACAAGCCACUGUAUGGCUAACCUGUUGAUGAGAGACUUCAAGGAAUGAAACAGACGACAGCAGAAAUAAACAAGAAAACAGGCUA